UCUGAAGAUGUUGCUUUGGACUUAUUAAAAAGGAACCAUUUUGUUUACCUUCAAAUGUUGUCUUUUUCCAUACAGGCAUAUGCAAUGCAGGUGGGCAUAGAAAGGCAGAAUGUGAGUUUCCCCAACACAUUUGUUCUGGUAGGCUUCUCUGAUCACCCAUGGCUGGAGGUGCCCCUCUUUGGAGUGCUUCUGGCCUCUUACAUCUUCACCAUGAUAGGAAACAGCUCAAUCAUUGUCCUCUCCCUGCUGGAGCCUAGGCUCCAAACACCCAUGUACUUCUUCUUAGACAACCUGUCUCUGCUGGACCUCUGUGCCACGUGCACCAUUGUCCCACAGCUGCUAGUCAAUCUCUGGGGCCCAGAAAAGACAAUUGCCUCCUGGAGCUGCUUUGCCCAGGCCUAUCUCUUCCACUGGACCAGCUGCACUGAAAGCGCUCUGCUGGCAGUAAUGGCUUUUGAUCGUUAUGUGGCCAUCUGCAGUCCCCUCCGAUAUGUACUCAUCAUGCAUCUCUGGGCAUGCGUGUGGCUGGUAGCUGUAUGCUGGGCCAGUGGCCUGGCCAAUUCUCUGGUUCAAGCUACACUCACCCUCUACCUUACCUUUUGUUCAAAAAACACGCUAGACCACUUCUUCUGUGAGGUGCCUGCUUUGAUUAAACUGGCAUGCAGUGACACCGCCACAAACGACCUGUCUCUAGUCUUGGGAGCUAUUCCUUUUGGAAUAGUGUCUCUUUUGACAGUGCUCAUCUCUUACAUCUUCAUUGCUAGGGCUAUUCUGAAGUUACCUUCAGCUGAGGGAAGGCGUAAGGCUUUGAGCACAUGCUCUUCCCACUUGCUCGUGGUCACCAUGUACUUUGGACCUGGUACAUACACAUACCUCCAGCCUCCAGGCAACAAUACUCAGUCUAAGUUCCUGUCCCUCUUCUACUGUGUCUUCACCCCGCUGCUCAACCCACUCAUCUACACUCUGAGAAACAGGGAUGUGAAGGAAGCUUGGAAGAAGAUCCUAGCAUCCCAAGGUAAAGGGACAUCUUUGAAAGGCCAGUGAUCUCUGGCUUCUGGAGCUACCAUAUGUAAGCUAGUGCUGGCAGGUUUGCUU